UUGAGAAAGACAACAUCCUAUUUGAAUUAUUAUCGUGACAAGCAUUGUACAUACAGAAAAUGAAGAAAAUAUCGUUGUGCGUGUUUGUCGUCAGUCUCUUUGUUAUCUUGAAUGUCAACGAGGCUGGUUUUCUUAGGGAGGUUGCCAAGCCCUUCGAAAGAAUUGGCAAAGAAAUAAGACGAGAAGUCAAAGAUGUUGGAAAGGCUAUUGAGCACGUUGGCAAGGCAAGUGGUUUCACGAUCGUUGAAAGUUGUUGUCCGUCCUGUUGUCAAGUUGAUCCAAAAAGACGAAAAGAAGAGGUGAUCGAAGUUGUUGAAACCGUUGAUGACACUACUGGCAUUCAGGCUACCACUGAAACAUUCGAAGUUGGAAUGAUUCGUCUGCACAACGAACUUCGAUCAAUAGAAGGAGUAACUGGAACAGUUGCUUGGGACGCACGUCUGGCCCAGAUGUCAGCGGAGUGGAUAACUCAGUGCAGCCUGAAGUACCCGGUGUAUGGCGACAGUAGAGAUUCCUACGGUCAGAAUGCCUUCAUGACGACCAGCGCCACAGCAGAGCCCAUUGACGCCAUCAACACCUGGUACUCCUACAAAUCCAACUUCAAUCCCGCCACUGGAGACUGUCUUGACGGUCAAGUCUGCGAUCCUUAUCUUCAGGCCGUAAUGCCAGAGAGUCAGUACGUGGGUUGUGCCGCGGGCACGUGUGGCUCUUUCAGUGGGGGCCCUGGAGGCUCCACCAUCUUCUGCAUGUACGCACCUGUCUGAUUCACCAUCUCUCACACUUUAUUCAAUAUCUCUCCUCAUUAUUAAAAUGCAUUGAUGCUAAUUAAAAUUGUGGGAAUGAUUUGGUUUUUCAACAUUAUCAUUAACUACAUUUUGUUUCUCUUCGAUAAUUAAUAAAAAUUUUGAAGCGAAAUACUUUUUUUACUAAUGCAUGUUGAUGACUGUUGAAAAAUAUUCUAAUAGCUUCCCAAUAAAACAUCAAUUAAAAAUAUAUUCUCGAAAACAAAACUGGACAGACCAAACUGUAUAAUGAUAAUUAAAUUUUUGCCGAUAAAUGUUAUUAAACUUUUCUAUAUAGUCAAAACCGCUUAAUAAAACCAUAUCAAAACUUGGCCGAAGUGUACCGAUUAGGCAACUUGUCUUCUUUCUUAAAUUCGAUUUCAGUAAUGUAAUGAUAUAACGUUGUUUGAAUGGAAAUGUUUUAUGCAAUAGUGCUUAUUGAUCGGAAGACUAGAUGAAAAUAAUUUAAGAGACUGAUCCCAUUAAGGCGUUAACCGACAUGUGAUUGAUGUUUAUAAUGUUGUAGAAUGCUCACAAAAUAAACGUUCAAAGAAAAUUUUAAUUUCAUUGUGUUCAACUGCUUACUAAUAAAAAAAAUUAUUUU